CUUUCUCUGGAACUGAUGGAAAACAGACCUCAUCUCACCAUGUCUACAUGUUUUCUCAUAUUCCAACUAUUGUGGCUUUAUAGCGAUCUGAGUGAAGUCCAAACAACAGGAAGAGACAGCAAUUUUGGCUCAUUCUUAACUAUUGCUGGAGACAAAGAUUGGAAGGCUACACCAGGAAAUAAUGUUACCCUGAAAUGCAUCUUCAAGACAGAAACCCACAUUGAAAUGGGAUUGCUGACCGUGCAAUGGUUAAAAGAUGGGGUGAACAAGUGGUUCAUAAACAAGACAUGUUGUGGCCUGAAUAAACUGGAAAAGCCCUUAAUAAGUGAGGAAGCCCUCUGUAGAGGAGAUGCAUCUCUGGAGCUGAGAAAUGUCCAGAUAGAAGAUGCCGGUACAUAUACCUGCUAUAUCAAAUACAAGUCAUCGGAAAAAAGCAUGAAUACCACUCUGCUGGUUGAAGAUCUCAGUGAUGUCCAAACAACCGGAAAGGAAAGCAAUGCUGGCACAUUCUUAGCUAUUGCUGGAGACAACAUUCAAAAGACUACACCAGGAGCUAAUGUUACCCUGAAAUGCAUCUUCAAGACAGAAACUCCCAUGGAAAUGGGAUUGCUGACCGUGAAAUGGUUAAAAGAUGGGGAGACCAAGUGGUUCAUGAACAAGACAUGUUGUGGCCUGAAUAAAAUGAAAAACCCCUUAAUAAGUGAGGAAGCCCUCAGUAUAGGAGAUGCAUCUCUAGAGCUUAGAAAUGUCCAGAUAGAAGAUGCCAGUACCUAUACCUGCUAUAUCAAAUACAAGUCAUUGGAAAAUAGCAAGAAUACCACUCUGCUGGUUGAAGAUCUGAGUGAAGCCCAAACAACCGUAAGAGAAAGAAAUUCUGGCGCAUUCUUAGCUAUUGAUGGAGAGCACAUUCAGGAGGCUAGACCAGGAGAUGAUGUUACCCUGAAAUGCACCUUCAAGACAGAAACUCCCAUUGAAAUGGGAUUACUGACCGUGCAAUGGUUAAAAGAUGGAGAGGAACUGUGGUUCAUGAACAAGACAUGUUGUGAUCCGAAUAAACUGAAAAAGCCCUUAAUAAGUGAGGAAGCCCUCAGUAUAGGAGAUGCAUCUCUAGAGCUGAGAAAUGUCCAGAGAGAAGAUGCCGGUACCUAUACCUGCUAUAUCAAAUACAAGUCAUUGGAAAAGAGCACGCAGAUCACCCUGCUGGUUAAAGAUGAUGCACCUUUACAAAGUUCGUCAGGGCCGGAACUGGCUGAGAAAUUCAAGACUUUAAAAACUGUACCGAUCUUUGGAGUGGUGGCCGUCACCGGUUGUCUCGUUGUCUUUAUUUUGUUUUGAGGGUUGAUUUUGAGUUUUUUAUUUUCCUCACAAAGCUUCGCGUGAGGUUCCAAAGUGCCGGCUAUAGAUUAUUUAUAAAGAGCACAAAGUCCCCCUUUGCUGGAGACGUGCUUCAUGGUUAAUGCAGAAUAUCUGACACAAGCAAUAUAGCGGCAGUUUUCAGGAUCAAUACGCUGCAGAGGGCAACUAGAAAAUUCAUCCAUAGUAUAGUAUAAUACAAGACCUGAGGAACGGUAGGGGGGAUUUUUAAAGCGGCAAUAAUUUACAAGGCGGUCUUGCCUUGUAAAGGAUUGGCGCUUUAAAAAUACGGCCAAAUACGGAUGCGCAAACUCCCUCAUCUCCGGCUUCUCGCACCCUAUAACAUUUACCCCUAAGUCCAAGCUGGCAGAUAAACUCUAUUUAUUGAGCAGAAAUGGCAGCAAUAAUGCCUCAUAAAAUGCCCCCUUUCCCCCCAACUUUAUGUCAUCUAGGGGUCUAUGUACUAAGAUUUGUAAGAAACGUAAAAUGGAUGGAAAUAAAGUACCAGCCAACCAGCUCCUAGCUGCCAUGUUACAGGCUGUGAAAAAAUAACAUGUAUUAUUAAGCCAGGACUAAGUAUAGGAACUUGGGCAUCUAUUUAUCAAUCUGUGGUGAUAACGAUGAUUUUCUGGUAUCACCCAUCACCACAAUUUAUGAAGUGUAACCAAAAGCCUGUAACUAGGAUUCAGCUUCACUGAUCAAAUGAAUACAUUGUAAAAAAAAUAUAGAUAAUAUAAAAAAAAAAAUAAGACAGAACAUUGAAUAUAUGGAUUAUUCCAAGAGCAAACAACAUACAUAUAGUGGAUACACAACGGAGUAUCUGUAUCUGUAAAACUACUGACAUGAUUAUAUGAAUACAUGCAAUAUCAAUGUCUUAUAAUGUUUUAGUAAUGCUACAUAUGCUUAUAUACUAUAUAAUUGUUAAUGUUACAACAAUCUGCCCUUUCAUACAUAUUUGGUUACAUAUAUCUUAUGUAUUUUGGCUCUUUUCAGUAGGUGAUGGGGCCGUGCGCUUAUGGUUUUCAGUAUGUGACGGGACCGCACGCUUAUGGCUUUCAGUAGGUGAUGGGGCCGCGUGCUUACGGUUUUCAGUAGGUGAUGGAUCCACACAUUUACGGUUUUCUGUAGGUGACGGGACCACACGCUUAUGGCUUUCAGUAGGUGAUGGGGCCGCGUGCUUACGGUUUUCAGUAGGUGAUGGAUCCGCACAUUUAUGGUUUUCAGUAGGAGACAGGACCGUGCGCUUAUUGUUUUUAGUAGGUGAUGGUUCCGUGCACUUAUUGUUUUUUUUUAAGUAUUGGGACUGUGUGCUUAUGGUUUUCAUUAGGUGACCGGACUGUGCGCUUAUGGUUUCCAUUAGGUUACAGAACUGCACGCUUAUGGUUUUCAGUAGGUGACGGGACUGUACAUUUAUGGUUUUCAGUAGGUGACAGGAUUGCGCGCUUAUGUUUUUCAGUAGGUGAUGGGACUGCGCGCUUAUGGUUUUCGGUAGGUGAUGGGACUGUGCGUUUAUGAUUUUUGGUAGGUGAUGGGACUACGCGCUUAUGGUUUUCAGUAAGUGACGGGACUGCGCGCUUAUGGUUUUCGGUAGGUGAUGGGACUGUGCGCUUAUGAUUUUUGGUAGGUGACGGGACUACGUGCUUAUGGUUUUCAGUAGGUGACGGGACUCCGCACUUAUGGUUUUCAGUAGAUGAUGGGACUGUGCCCUUAUAGUUUCAGUAGGUAACGGGACAGCACGCUUAUGGUUUUCAUUAGGUGACGGGACUGCGUGCGUAUGGUUUUCAUUAGGUGACAGGACUCCGCACUUAUGGUUUUCACUAGGUGACGGGACUGCGUGCUUAUGGUUUCACUAGGUGAUGGGACUGCAUGCUUAUGAUUUUCACUAGGUGACGGGACUGCGUGCUUAUAGUUUUCAGCAGGUGACAGGACUUUGCGCUUCUGGUUUUCAGUAGGUGACGGGACUGCGCGCUUAUGGUUUUCAGUAGGUGACGGGACUGCGCGCUUAUGGUUUUCAGUAGGUGACGGGACUGCGUGCUUAUAGGUUUCAGUAGGUGAUGCAACUGUGCGCUUAUAGUUUUCAGUAGGUGAUGGGACUGCGCGCUUAUAGUUUCCAUUAGGUGAUGGGACUGUGAGCUUAUAGUUUUCACUAGGUGAUGAGGCUGUGCGCUUAUGGUUCUCACUAGGUGAUGGGACUGCGUGCUUAUGGUUCUCACUAGGUGAUGGGACUGUGAGCAUAUAGUUUUCAGAAGGUGACGAGGCAGCGCGCUUAUGGUUUUUAGUAGGUGACAGAACUGUGCCCUUAUGGUUUUCAGUAGGUGACGGGACUGCGCGCUUAUGGUUUCCAUUAGGUGACGGGACUGCACGCUCAUGGUUUUUAUUAGGUGACGGGACUGCGCGCUUAUGGUUUCCAUUAGGUGACGGGCCUGCGCACUCAUGAUUUUCAUAGUUUUCAAUUGUGUCAAAUAAUAAUUCAGUACCAUACAAAUUUAAGAGUUUAACGUUACAAAUAUUUUAUUUUUAACUUUGUGUUUUUCAAGCAAUAAACCAAAUCCCCCAAAUUGCA